AUGGAUCUGCGUCGUUCAAUAUUGAAAGUUUACAAGUCGCAAAAAAAGGGCGAGUCACAAGAUGGAUUCGAAACUUGGAAGAUUGGUGUCACUUGGUUGUCUUGCCUACUUCUUCUUUUUAUUUUGGUUUCAGUUGUGGUGAGUAUUAGUUUUACUCUGGGAAGGUUAAAUUCAGACAAUAAGAUUGCUUGAUACCUUAUUGAUAAGCCGAUACCUUAUUGAUAUAUCGCCAACAAUCUAUAUAUAUAUAUAUAUAAACAAGUUUUGUGGUUGGCUGAUUCUAACCAGACAAAAUGCUGAUACAGCUAAAGAAUACAUUUUAUAUAUAACGAGGAUCAAACACUGUUCAAACACUCGAAUUUUAAAUAUGAUAAAAUACUCCUACGCGUGUUUUAAAUAGCAAAUAUAAAACCAUAGGUGAUUUAAGUACAGUUUAAUAAACGAGCAGGAGUGUUUUAUUAGCAGGGCCGCGGAGAGCUUGGCGGGGGCCCGGGGCAGAUUUUCGGAAAAAAAAAUUUUCGGAGAAGAAUAACCUCCCUCCCCCCCCCAAUCGACAACUUUUUAGGGAAAAAAUUUUUCCGGACGAGUACGUUGUAAUUCAUACCAAAUUUCGGUACUUUGCCCAAAAAAAUCAAAUAUGUUGCCCUUUGCGCGGCAAUAUUUCACCCAAAAAAAUGUCUGGGGCCCAACAAAAAAUGUCUAGGGGCCCCCAGGGUCAACCCCCCCCCCUCUCGGCGGUCCUGUUUAUUAGGUUUAAAGCCACGAGUGCGCAGUGCGAGUGGCUUUAGACCUAAUAAAACACGACCUGCGAGUUUAUUAAACGGCUUCAAACACAACAACAAAUUCAAUAGAUAUACUGCGUUAUUCGUAUAUUCUUUAUAUAAAGGACGCGACUACAAUAGAUACUGCCUUAUUACAUGUAGUAUUCUUUAUAUAAAGAAUACUGAUUAGGAGUGUUUUAUAUAGGUUUAAAGCCACUGCACAUGACAUAUUAUGGUUGACAUGAUUUGCCAAUAAGCUUAUGAAUUAUUAAUGAGUGUUUGAAGUAGUAUACAGGGUGUAUAAAAAAAAACAGCACAGAUUUGAAAUUGCUCUUAAAUUCGCAAAACAGCUAUUAGUGUCCAGUUUUGAUGUAUAUAGCUUCUUUGGGUACCUAUAAUGUAGAAAAAUGGAAAAAAUUUCUCGAACUCAAAUUUUGUAAACCAGGGGGGGGGGUGUCUUUUCCAACAAACUAAAAAUGGCUUGCGCACGAAAUUUAAAAGCUUUAAUCAUAUUUUGAGUUGAUAGAUGGAACAUUUGUUGGGGUUUUAAUUACUGUACAAAAUUUCAGACAAUUUGCUUUAGUUUAAGCCCUUUAACUAUUCAUUUUUCUCUAAAAAAUUAGCCUUUCGCAUGCUUAAUUAAUGCCUUUACCUAAUUUGCAUAUUGCUGACAUAUGCAAAUUAGGCAAAGGCAUUGAUUAGCAUGCAAAUGGUGAUUUUCAGUUAAGAAAAAAUGUAAGUUUGCGUAAAUGGUUAAGGGGCGUAAACUGAAGCAAAUUGUCUGAAAUUUUGUACAGUAAUUAAACACCCAACAUACUUUCCAUCUGUUAACUUAAAAUAUGAUUCAUUUUGGUUUGUUGGAAAAGACACACACCCCUGGUUCACAAAAUUUGAGUUCGAGAAAUUUUUUCCAUUUUUCUACAUUAUAAGUACCCAAAGAAGCUAUAUACAUAAAAAAAACUGGAUACUAAUAGCUGUUUUGCGAAUUUAAAAGAAAAUUUCAAAUCUGUGCAGUUUUUUUUAUACACCCUGUAUAUUGCAUUAGUUAUAUAUAGUGUAUUAAUUGUAUCGAGCGUUUGCACUCAUUCCCCAGGGACCAACUCAGCAAAAGCCAUGGCGGCCAUGUUGGUGUUCCAGACAAAAUAGUCUAGUUAAAAUUCUUUUGAAUGGACCUUUAACCUUAUAACUAAAAUUUUGAUCUAGACAAAAAUUUCAUCACAGCUUGGAAGAGCAUCACAAAAUUAGUAAUAUUCCAAAGUUUCGUUACGAAAUGUUGUAAAAUGCGGAUAAUAUAGCCCUGCGAAGUUUGCAAUUUUCAGUCAUUUUAGAUUACAAACGGGAAAUUGAUACCCAAACACCCGAUUUGGGUAUCAAUUUCCCGUUUGUAAUCUAAAAUGACUGAAAAUUGCAAACUUCGCAGGGCUAUAUUAUCCGCAUUUUACAACAUUUCGUAACGAAACUCUGGAAUAUUACUAAUUUUGUGAUGCUCUUUCAAGCUGUGAUGAAAUUUUUGUCUAGACUUGUCUAGAUCAAAAUUUUAGUUAUAAGGUUAAAGGUCCAUUGGAACACCAACAUGGCGGCUGUGACGUCAUAUGCAAACGCUCUAUAUACAUGUAGUAUCUAGGUAAAAUUUAUAUGAAUAAAGCUUUUUUUUUAAUUAUUCUUAUUAUUAUUAAUACCGAUUCUCACUUCUUUUUCUAGAAUUACGCGGAGUCAUUUGAAAUGGACGAGAGCUCUAUAGAAGCAACACUUUUCUACAAUCAAAAAGUGACAUAAUCCUGGAUUACAAAUCUUCUGGCAUAUUUGUUGAAGUUAUCAAGAUUAAAAAGAUAACUUUUAUUGCGCUUUCAAAACGGUUCUUCGAAACAAAUAUACAGGGUGUUUAAAAAAAAGGUAAUCGAACUUCAGCGCGCUAUUAUACGUGAAUUACUCGGCGUAUGAACAACUGGUUUUCAUACUCGGAAAGAUCAGGCUUUUAGCUAUUGAAUGACAUGCUUUUCAUAUCAAGUGGAGAAAAAAUAAGCAUGUACGAGGCCGAUUAAAAAUGUUAGUCAAAAUCGUAUAUUUUCACCUCUAUAAUUUUCACCUCUAAUAAUUAUGAAUAUGUGUGUCGUUUAUUCAAGUGAAAUUCAUCAACUUAAGUACCAAAGGGGGUCCAUUUUCAAUGGUUUUAAACCCAACUCUCAACGGUGAAAAUAUGCGAUUCUGACUAACAUUUUUUUUUAUCGGAUUCAUAUUAAUUUUGCUCAUUUUUUAUUCAUUUGGCAUGAAGAAGAUAUCAUUCAACAGCUAAAAGCAUGACCUUUCAGAAUGCGAAAAAAUCUCGUUUAAUUAUACGCAGAGUAAUUCAGAUACAAUAGCGCGCUGAAGUUCGAUUAUACCCUGUAUAUUUACAGCAGACCCUGUAUAUUUACAGCACCUCCAACCGAAGCAUCAAUACUUAUUGACUUCAGCAUUACCAUAAAGUGCAUGUAUUGAUAUUAAAUGUUAAUAGUUAACACUUAUUGACUGGGGCUUUUAGGAAACAUAUGAAGCAAGAAACUGAUGAAGCAAGAAACAAACAUACUCUUGCUUCGUUUAAUUCAUGUAUACGACACCUGGCCAAUUAAUUAAUUAAUUAAUAAAAUAAUUACGUUAAUUUAAAAUAUUGAACAGUACUAACAUUAAUUUAAUUUGUAAAUAAUCAUAUAUUAGUUGUAUUUGUAAAUGUAUUGUAAUUGUUGUUAACUGUAAUGUAAUGUAAUGUAUGACCAUAAUUUGUAUCAAUUGUAUUUUUUAACUAUUUAAAUCUACGCCCCCCCUUGGAAAUCAGCCUUCGCUGUAGGGGUUAGCGUAGUUAAAUAAAGUUUUACCUACCCUACCCUACCUACAACAAAAACGCUAAAUAUAUUAGUAUAAAACUGGAGACUGCACGUGCGUAAUUUAAAUGAUGCGGCAACUCAGGAAUCGGAUGAUAGACUAUUGACGGCUCUGAGCUAACUGUUGCUGUUCCUUGCACGAUUAUGUGCGUGAGGCACUUGCCUAAUGCGUAGUCGUCAGGGAGACAAAGGUGUGACCCUUGGUAACGGGUGAUUAGAACUAAUCGCCCGCUACAGCGGGCGAUUAGUUAGUAAUCGACCCUGUUGAAACAAAGGUAACCCGAGCAACUAUGCUAUUAAGUAGUUAAUCUUUAUAUGCGUUGCUUUCGUAAUAAUUAUAUGAGGUGCUUUCGUCAUUAUAUGCGGUGCUUUUUUCAUUAUAUGCGGUGCUUUUGUCAUUAUAUGAGGUGCUGUCGUCAUUUUAUGCGGUGCUUUCGUCAUUAUAUGCAGUGCUUUUGUCAUUGUAUGCGGUGCUUUUGGCAUUAUACGCGGUGCUUUCGUCAUUAUAUGCGGUGCUUUUGUCAAUAUAUGAGGUGCUUUCAUCAUUAUAUGAGGUGCUUUCUCCAUUAUAUGCGGUGCUUCCUUCAUUAUAUGCGGUGCUUUCUUCAUUAUAUGUGGUGCUUUCGUCACUAUAAACUGUGGUUGUCGCCCGGGAGGAGGUAAUUAGCCCGCGAUAAUUAUAUCCAGCCGUUUCCAAACGUUUGACAAGCAUAUUUCAUAUCACUUCGAAAACUACAUUAGAUUUCGAAAGAUUCUGAAUUUUGUCCUUGUUGGAAGGAAAAUAAGAAAACUUUUUGUUUUCAUAAAAAACUAUAAAAUUCACAGGAAAAGAAAGGCAUCUUUUUUUUUUCUUUAUGCAAUUUUUAAUUAAAGUUUCACCUUGUUUACCAAGGUGUGGAAUGCGUAACCAAACGUUAGGCCUUGUGUCGUUUUUGUCAGAAAAGUUAGUGCGAGGUCGAUCCGUAGAAAAUUUGUUUUUGAGUUUGGAUAUCAAAAACAUAAACAUUUAAAGCUGUCAUCAUGCCUUGGCAACUUGUAAUAGGACCAUAUAUAUAUUGUAACUAUAGUUAGUCUGAUGAUGACUUUGUAAUAAAAUCGAAAUAUUACUCACUAACUUUCUUGUUUGAUUCGCAUUUUGGGUUUCAAUAUGCUAAUCUUCGGAUUAUGUUUUGUAUAUUUUUUGAAUGUUUAGCAUGCAAUGUAUUACAAAUUUCACCAUUAACAGGGUUCGAAUAGCGCUCUUUAAAAUCCUUGGAAGUCUUUAAAUUUGAAUGCAGGUCUUUAAUGUCUUUGAAAUGUCUUUGAAUUGUGUGAAAAAGCGAAGAAAGUCUUUAAAAGUCUUUAAAUUCUUUAGUGAGUAUUUGAUUAUACCAUUUAUAUGAUUUCCUAGCUAAUAAAAUAGAUUGAUUGGAGCAAGAUUUUCGCAAAUAUGGAUGAAAAGGCGCAUUUUACGAUGUAAUUAGACGGGACUAAUUACUGGGUAAAAAUGGUGCUUACAUUCACAAUUUUUCGAUAGCUGAUUGCUCUCAAAGGCCUUUGAAAAGUCUUUGAAAAUAGGCAGAAAAAAUCUUUGAAAGUGUUUGAAUUUUUUGGUCAUGGAGACUACGAAUCUUAAAACUUUGUUUUGAGAAGCCGAGAUUUUUUUAAUGUGUCCCCAGAAUGCAGGAAAUGCUAUUUGAGAGACCCAAAUUUUAAAAAUUUCCUGCAGGGCCAUGCCCACAGGCCCACCCCCAGCUAACUCGUGUCUGCGGUACUUGGCUCACACCUUUGGCAAUCGCAUAUUAUCCUGGGUGGAGGGCUAGGAAAAUGGGCCCUAUGACAGUUUUGCCCCACCACUGGUGAAUCCUUAAAAAAUGCACUGUGCCAUGGAGAUAUUGGAAUCUCUUUUUAUCAAACCCAAAAAUGAGAUUUUUGCCCGACAUGUUCUAGCUACAUGGCGUCAACAACCGAGUGAAGCACUAGAUGAGUACCUUCAAGCUUUGAAAACUUUAAGUAAAGAUUGAAAUUUCAAGAACGUGACAGCUGCCCAGUACUGUGAAGAGAGUAUUAGAGAUGCAUUCAUUACCGGACUGCAGUCUAGUCAUAUCUGCCAGCGACUGUUGGAGAACAAAUCCCUUGAUCUCAAAACCGCAUUUGACAAAGCUCGUGCACUUGAAUUAGCUAUGCGAAGGUCUGAAACCUACACUGCCACUCAACCGUCUGUAAAUGCAGCAGUACCUAUCUAUUCUGAUAUACCACCGAGCCCAACGGAACUACCAGAAGCCAGCACCGUAGCUGCAAUGGAGGUGGAAAACUCUUUUUCCUUCUGUGGGAAUGCCAGGCAUCCCCGUUCAAAGUGUUCCGCUCGUGAUGUUACUUGUUUGAUAUGUCAGAAGAAAGGCCACUUUGCGAAGGUUUGUCGAGGCAAAACUGCUAAUCCUAGAGGUAAAAUUUCGUCUGCUGCCUGGUCACCAAGUUUAGCAACGGUCCCAACGAUACCAAAAUCCUUUUCUAAUUCAUCAGCCACUCUUCCCAUGUACGGGUUGCCGGUAAAGGCCCUCUUUGACAGCGGUAGUAGUGAAAGCUUCAUCCACCCCAGUAUUGUAAAAGAAGCUGCUCUAACAGUCCUGUCCUCAUCUAGUACCGUCUCUAUAGCAACACUUGCAUCAUUAUUUUAAAUAUGUGGAACCUGCAUUGUCGAUCUCGUCUAUCAAGAACAAAUCGAUAAAGAUCUCAGUUUAUCUGUUCUACCAGGACUUUGUGCUGAUCUGAUUUGGGGUCUCGAUUUUCAGUCACAACAUGAGGGCGUUAUCUUUCAGUAUGGAGGAUCAAAACCACCUUUUUCAGUAUGUAGUUUCAGCAAACUUAACGUGGAGCUACCUGAACCACUCGCAACCCUAACGCCAGACUGCCACCCAAUCGCAACAAAGUCCAGACGAUAUAGUCAUGAAGAUUCCGAGUUUAUUGAUAAUAAAUAAGUAACAAGACUUCUUGCAAAAAGUAUCAUAGAACCCAGUUAUUCACCUUGGCGAGCUCAACUCGUAUAAAGGAUGAGAUCCAUAAGAAAAGGCUUGCCAUAGACUAUUCCCAAACCAUUAAUCAUUUUACCAUUUUUCAUGCUUUCCUACCACCUAAUAUAAGUGAAAUGGUCAAUGAAAUUGCCAAGUAUCGGGUGUUCAACACCAUUGAUCUCCUGAGUGCCUACCACCAACUGCCAUUUUCACUCGGUCACCGGUUAAAAAUUAGGCUUUGAGUUAGAGGACUAAAAAGAGCGAUCUGAUUGGCUUCUCAGAGAACUGCUAUUUCGCAGAAAUUGAGCAGUUUUCGGAAGGCAAAAUUAUUCUAUCAACAUGUUUCAGUGUAUUUUUUAAGGAUUCUCCAGUGGUGCGGCAAAACUACCAAAGGGCCCAUUUUCCUUGCCCUCCACCCAGGAUAAUAUGCAAUUGCCAAAGGUGUGAGCCAAGUACCGCAUAUACGAGUUAGCUUGGGGUGGGGUUUUAGAAUUUGGGUCUCUCAAAUAGCAUAUGGUCUUAUAUACAAGUUGGCAAGCCAUGAUGACAAAUUUAAAUGUUUAUGUCUUUGACAUCCAAACUCAAAAACAAAUUUUCUACGGAUCGACCUCGCACUAACUUUUCUGACAAAAGCGACACUAGGCCUAAGGUUUGGUUACGCGUUCAACACCUUGGUAAACAAGGUGAAACUUUAAUUAAAAAUUGUAUAAAGAAAAUACAAAGAUGCCUUUCUCUUCCUGUGAAUUUUAUAGUUAUUUAUGAAAACAAAAAGUUUUCUUAUUUUCCUUCCAACAAGGACAAAAUUCAGCAUCUUUCGAAAUCUAAUGUAGUUUACGAAGUGAUAUGUCUUGCCUGUUCCGCAACGUAUAUUGGGAAAACAAAAAGACAUUUACAGACACGCCACUCUGAGCAUACCAAUCCGAUCAAAAGUGCUAUUGGACAACAUUUUCAUAACUGCAAACAUGUGCAAUACAUAGUAAUUAAACCUACACUUUGCUUUUCACGAACUUAACAACACAACUGGCACUGACAAUAAUGUUUCCACUUUUAUUUCCAACUUAAUAAUUGACAAUUCUUGAAUUCUUUACACUAUUAAUUCUCGCAUACCUAAUUUUCUCUUGUUGUUAGAAGUUCUAUACAGGGUGUAUCAAAAAAGCGCAAUCCUCGACUGAAAUGUAAAUUGCUAAACAAAUAAUAGACGAAAACGUUAAAGUUUACAUUCAUUUUAAAGCGUAGCCAUUCAGCUUUCUAACAGUGGGUUGUUUCUUAAAUUUGACUCAUUGGUUCGCGGGUAAUAAUACUUUAUGUUAUUGAGAUUGGAGAUUAAAAAAAUUGAGAUGGAAUAACAAAUCGUUCUCAUGAAAAUAACUGAUUUUUUCAUUAAAACAAAAAAUAUUGCAUUUUAUUAAAUGGAUUGUAACAAUAAGUAUAAUUACGGCUUUUCUUCCACUAUUUUUAACUCAGUUUGAAACUUCAAAUGCGAUAUAAUUUUGGCUUGGACCAUCUAAGCUGACUGACAUCAACUUGCUAUAAUUUCUGUUUACAUUACAUCGCAAUUCGCAUGGCGAGAAAUAUUGGUCACGCACGCGCAGUAAAUACACAGACUUGGAAAACAUUUGAAACAAAAUGGGCACGCAAAACUAUAGGAGUUUGAAUGGGGUAAAGAACAAGUAUGGCCUUACCUCAAAACUCUUUUGAAAAUGUUUCUCAUUUCCAACUGAUUUUGUUUUAAGACGUAAAACCCGAUAUUUUGAUAUAAUAGAUAGUAUUCAGACGUUCAUAUCUCUUGCGGUUUUUCACAAAAUAGCCAACAGCGUGUGAACAUAGGGAAAUGUAGUUAUUGACGUCGAAUUCUAGGUUUUGGCUAUCGUCCAUCUAAGGUUUACGCGAGAUCAGCCAACAAUAUGCAAACGUUUCCAACGGUUUUCAAAACUUCAAGCGAUGAUCUUGAACACUCAUCAGUGUAAAAACAUGAAGAAUAUAUAUUUCUUGCGGUUUUGCCCUUCAAAGUCAGCAUGUUUUGUGCUUAUAUUUUAUCAAAAUCAGCCGUUUUCCAUCAAAAACACUUCGAGAACGAACUGAAGUUGUUUCUACAGCCAAUUGCAGUUGAGCUUGCAGCUUGCAUUUUAAACGCGUUGUUACAUCGUUGAAAAGUAUGCGUUCAUUCCUUAGAAACACGCCGUUGCUAGGGGCGUAACGUGAACUUUUGGCGGGCAUUGUUGAACUUCUGAACGGCGUGCAAACAAACGUAUAACGAGUUAAAUAUUGUAAAAAGUACUAAAAACGCUGCUAAAGCCUGCGAUGGAACAGUAAGGUAUUUUUAGAAUGCCUGCAGUCAAAUUAGAACUCCCUGGUCGGUUUUGUGACAAAAUCUAAUUUAAUUCGUCAACGCCAAGAAUAGAAAAACAUGUUUACGCCGUUACAACGCCCGCCAAAAGUUCACGUUAUGCCCCUAGCAACGGCGUGUUUCCAAGGAAUGAACGCAUACUUUUCAACGAUGCAACAACGCGUUUAAAAUGCAAGCUGCAAGCUCAACUGCAAUUGGCUGUAAUCGUCCAUCUUUGCUAAGCAACCAAGCCUUGGCUUGUUGCCAUGGUUUCAAACAUUUUCGAAUAUUUUUUCGCAAUUUUGCUUUUUUUUUAUGUUGUUGUAUUCGAACUUACGCAUUGCUCGCUUCUCUCGACAAUUAAACGAUCUAUGGCAAAAUAAUUUUCCCCGUAUUCAUUCUUUCUCCUUUUCUUUUGGUUAGAAACAGCGUAAUAAUCAGCCGUCGUAAGAUUGUCCAACUCUUUACAAAACGAGAUAGUGGUCAUUUUGCUGCACGCGCGCAAGAAUUUUACCAUCUGGGAUCUGGGUACAAGAAUUUCGACCAUGUCCAAUAUUUCUCGCCAUGAUGACACUCUGGCUCAGACACCAGAAUGUUUUGACGAUUUUUAGCACCUGGUCUCUUUUAAAAUACUUUUAAUUUGUUCUUACGUGGUUUUCCAGAUGUAGUGACGACAACAUUAAAGUUUAAAGAAGAAAAUUCUAGCAUUUAAACUGACUAAACAAUAACAUAGUAAACUUGCAUAAUUAAACAGCAACUAAAAAUGAUAGGUUUUACUAAAUCUUUUCUUGUGCAAUUAUUACUAGCAUUGGAGUCAAGGAUAAUAGUUUGUUUGAAAGAGAAAAGAACAGGCUUUGAAGUAAGCCUAAAAGCGUUUAACUACAAAUAGUAUUUCGAAAGUUAUUAAGCACAAAAGAUGAAUUGCGUUUAUUUUGAUACACCCUGUAUAUCAAGUACCAUUCACCCAGUUUAAUCACUGAAUUCAAAGCCAGCAAAUAACUUCAGCUCUUUUGGUAAUCUAUACACCCGCGUUUCAUCAUAUUUACAUCUCAUUGCACCUGUCAUGAUUCUGAUUGUGACUUCUAUUUGAUGACGUCAUUAUGCCUUGCCAACUUGAAUAUAAGACCACGUAUAUAAUGUAGCUAUAGUUAGUUCGAUGAUGAUUUUGUAAUAAAAUCGAAGUACUAGAAAUACAUCCAUGCAACAACCCCUCGCGUAUAUUUUCCAAACAUUGUUUCAACAGGAAGUAUUCUUAAUUAUGCCAACACUGAACGCAUGCUCGUGUUGUCACGUCAUGGCAACACGAUAAUUGUUUUUUAAACUUUUUAUAGAAACCUGCGAUGAGAUUAACAAAAAAGUUAUGUAUGCAAAGCGAGAUUAUUACACAAACUGUGUUAACAGAAACAGAAAUAAUACUUAGCAAAUGUGGAAACAAAUUAAUCAGUUAGUUAAUAAAAAUUCUAAAUCAACAAAUAUAUCAGUACUUGAAAUAGACGAACAGGUUAUUACUGAAAAUGAAACUAUACUGAUUUGUUCAAUGAACAUAUUUUGCUGAUAUAGGACCAAACCUGUCGAACCAGAUCACGGAAACUAAUACUGAUUUGAAACGUUAUAUGAAAUUUAAAACUCAACAUAAGUUCAAUUUCAAAAACAUUAAUAUCAAUGAAGUGUUAAAUUCACUUGAGAAACUAAAAACGUCUAAGUCAAUUGGACAUGAUAAUAUCCCAGCCAAUCUUUUGAAAGAUGCGAGUGAUGCCCUGACGCCUUUUUUAGUAUUUAUUUUUAAUACUUCACUCAAACAUGGAAUUUUCCCUGAUGAUCUUUAGACUGCAAAAAUUUCUCCAAUUCAUAAAUCUGGCGACAAAAAAUUCGAGGCAAUUAUAGACCGAUUUCCGUUCUUUCGAUUAUUGCUAAAUUAUUUGAGAAACUUGUCUGUGCACUGUUCAAUUCUCUUUUAACUGAAAAUAAUAUUCUGAGCUCGUGUCAGUCUGGUUUGCGUAAAAAUUAUUCCACCGCAUGAGCCCUUUUAGCAAAUGCGGCAGAUUCAUGGUUACUUAACAUGGAUGUUGGGAUGAUAAACGGAGUACUUUUUCUGGACUUAUGUAAAGCAUUUGAUACGGUUGAUCACGGAAUUCUUCUAAGUAAAUUAUCUAUCUAUGGAAUCCAAAAUAAGGUCUUAGAUUGGUUUAAAUCUUAUUUGAAUAACAGAGCGCAGUACUGCAGGGUGAACAGUGCCACAGCGUUAGGGAAAUACGCUGUGGGGUUCCCCAAGGAUCGAACCUUGGUCCCCCUUUUGUAUUUAUUAUACGUCAAUGACCUGUCAAAUUGCUUGGAUAAAUCCUGUCCGGCAAUGUAUGCAGAUGAUACAAAUCUUAUAACAGUCUGUUAAGAUAGCUUUAAUAAUUUGGAGGAAGCACGAAAUUCUGAAAUGAUAAAUAUUCACCAGUGGCUUCUUUUAAACAAGCUAACUUUAAACAUUGAAAAAACAGAAUAUACGAUCAUUGGAACCAGUCAAAGACUAGCUAAAAUUCAAAAAAAUACCAGUGUAUCAUGUGGGGGGAAACUAUUGAAACAGGUUUAUUCCAAAAGGACUUUAGGUGUACUGAUUGAUGACAAUUUAUGUUGGAAUGAGCAAAUCGACAACAUCAGUAAAAAGGUGUCGAAGAGCAUUGGUAUGCUUCGCCGUGCAAAGCCAUUUGUUUCUUUUGAAACUCUUAAAUAUAUUUAUCAGGCUUUAGUGCAACCGAGUUUUGAUUACUGCUCCAUGGUUUGGGGAAACUGUGGCGAAGGUUCAAAAGAGAAGCUAUAGAGACUGCAAAACCGUGCAGCUAGAGUAAUCACAGGUGAUACCUAUGAAAUUCGCUCCACUGAUAUUUUAAAGAAAUUAAAUUGGAAAACACUCGAAGAGAGAAGAAAGGAGCAAACAUUAGCAUAUGUGACCAAAGCCCUUUCAAACCAAUGUCCUGAAAACGUUUCAACUAUGUUUAAAAUCUCAAAUUCUGAUAAAUAUAAUUUAAGAAGCAGUAACAAGAUGCUGAUGUUGUCGAAAACUAAAACAAAUCCAAUGAAAAGGACUUUCGGAUAUGCUGCUGCUAGAGACUGGAACUAUCAUAGUAAAAAUUUUAGAUCUACUUCAUUCAUUUUCAUUAUAUAUAGUUAACGUAUCACUUCGACCCAAACAUUUCUUAGUAUCUUUUAAUAUUUUUAUAAUAGUAUAUAUAAUAGUAUUUCGAGUUUUAAUCUGCAUUUAGUAACACGGCCUUUUGAAAAACAACCUUUAUAAUACUUGUAAAUACUUAUAGGUAAUAUGGUUGAUUAGUUACCUUGUAUAAAGAUGUUAUAAUAAUAAAAAUAAAAAAAUAAUAAUAAAAUCAAACUUCGCAUCAGACUUUAAAAAAAAAAUACAGUACAUAACCAUACGGCAUAGACAAAGGCGAAAUUUUUCAGUUUUGGGUACACUAGUUAAAACUCUGAACAUCUAUCUACUCUGAGAUGCUGGCCAAAAAUAUUACUUGUUUCCAUGGCGACAGCGAGACAAGAGCUGGCAACAGAACGAAGCAGCAUGCAUAGAGUAAAAACCCUUGUUUUUUACUUCGGAGUGAAAAUUAAUCUUGUAUGAAAAUCAAUCUGGUAUGGUGUAAUUCCAGCCUGAAUUAUGGUGCGUUUACAAAAUUAUUACUCAACUUCUACGAAGAUCCACGAUGACCACCUGCAUUCAAUCAAAAUUCGUAAGACUCGCAAAACUCGCAUGAUUCGGAAAACUCGCAUGACUCGCACGAAUCGCAGCUCGCUUUAAUAGCAGAUUCGCAGACUCUCAAAAUAGCCGAGCGCAGAUUUUACCAAGUUAUGGUGCUAACAACAAAAUUAGGAAACGUUUGAGGGAAGGGCCAUUGACUGUCAAACUUUCCGCAUGAAUUGGAAAAUCGCAAUGUGGUUGAGUAGAUCUAAUUGACUUUGCAUGACAACCGUUCCGCGGUUUUCGCACAGCCUGGAAAUUUUCGUAGAUCUUGAAAAUCUAAAAUAGCUCCAGGAUAAAAUGUUAAAUUUCCAUUUUUAAUUUGCUUAAAAAAUUCACUCAAUUCCGAUUGGUUAAAAAUGGGACAAUUUUAUAUUCGCACAAAAAAGAUGCGGAAUGAGAGAUACAAUUACCCGAACAAUACAAGCAGAACUUAUUAUAUAGAUGUUUCUCCACGAACUUCCCAACAUGCAAAGGCAAUGCAUCGCUCGCAACUUCGAAGUUCAACUCCUAUUUUUCAGGUAGUUGUAUCAGCUCUGAAACUCGGCUCUCUUUUAUCGUCAUUAUUCCUACACUGCUCAUGCGGUCCGUUUGAGAUUAUCUUUACACAGUUUGUGCGAAAAUAUGAAAUGAAAUUUCCUAUGAAUGAAGUUCAAAACAUUUUGCGAAGUGUUUCUGAAGCCCACCAAAUACAAAAAAAACAUAUACCUACAGUAUAUAUUUAACUAGAAAAUACAUGCAUGCAGAAACCCUCGCCUUGCUGACAAAAUCGUUGUAUUUUCCGAACAUGAAGUAUCUAAACUAGUUGUCAUGGUAACACGAUAAUUUUUUAAGAAUAUUCUUACAAAUGAAAAUCGCCUAAAAAUAUCACUUUUACUUACAAAAUUAUCAAUUUCCCAACAUAUAUAUGUUAGGUAUGUAAUUACACGUAAUACAAGCUUCAAUUUAAGGUAAAAUUCAACCACAAACAAUUCACAAAACGUUUUAAAGUGUUCUUUAUAAAACUAAACUGCCUUUAACUCUUAAAUGGCUUUAUCGAUAAACUUUGAGUUUGCAAUAAAAUGAUUUCAAAUUCUCGCUUGCAAAUAACUUUGCUUUGCUUAUUUAAAAAAUUCAAUAUAAUAAAAAGGGAUUCAAUAUUAAAGAUACACUGAAUGCAAACUUUAAAUUGGACCAAUCAGUGUCCGUUAUUCAUGACUGUCCGCCAUAUUUUUGAGAUCAGUGAGGAUGACCACCCAUCGUUGGUGACCGACGCCCGCGCUCAUUGAUGAACUUUAGACUUCGCUAAUGCUUUCGUUUCCCCGGGUGUAAAUAGCCGGGGGGAAUUAGUACCCUCGCACGGCGCUUCGCGCCGCCGGCUCGGGGAUAAAUUGAUUGUUGUAUAGUUAAAAGUACUAAUUCUGUGAUUGCGUGUUGCCAUUUUGUGCAAAACAAUAAUUUUAAAAACUUUACAAAUUUAAAUAUAAUCGUUUUGCUAAGGCAACACAAAACGGCCGCCUGGAUCCACUGUUGGCUAUUAUUAAUAAUACUUCAUCUUAAGUCAACGUUUGAAGAGGCGAGCGGUGCAAUUGGUGCGUGAUAUCUAUUUCUAUUUCCAUACUAACAAUAUGCCGUCAUUCAUUAUCUUUGAUCCUUAUAUCCUAAUCCCAAAGUUGAUCGCAAGGACCGUUGUGUGAAAUACUAUUCUAUAUGUAGUAAACACAUUAUUGAUACGUACGUAGUGCAGGUUUCCAGUGAAAUUUGGAUUUCAAUUCCUCGUUCUUUUGAUAGGGUUUUCGUGUCCUCAAUUCCAAGCGAAUAUUCGUUACACCACAUGGAAGUUUUUUGCAAGUAUCUAAAAUUUAAUUCCAACAACUAAUUCGUAACUUGGUAGCAUUAUCAUUGUGGAUACUAAGAGUUAUCCAACAAGCUAUUGCAGAGAAUGAGCAAUCGUAGUGGCAAACGCAUUUGCCUGAUAACUCGUAGCUAGGUUAUGACUAACUAGAAUAUGACAAAGCAAUUGGAUAUGGCAUGCUUCGAUCCGAUUUGACGCCAUCGUAUCUCCGGGAUGGUGGAACUGGUUGCGAAUAUGUUAAGCUUUAAAAAAUCCGCUUAUUUUUCUAAAAUUGAGUUUUACUAAAAUUGCAAGUUAAUAAGCUUUAAAGAAUCAUUGUCAACCACAAUGCAUUGCGCGUCCAAACUUGGGUUGUCGCCAUUUUUGAGCGCAAUUAUAGAUGUUUCGGUUUUCAAUGCAUAAUAUAUUAGUGCACUGUACCAUCCUAUGGUUAUACUUGCUCAUUUUAACUUUUUAUACUAAAAUUGGACCGAAGAAAUGUUCAUAAUCGUCACUUGUUGCUAUUUGUCACUUCCCAAGGUAAGGUCUAAACAAAUGCAUUGUGGUUGACAAUGACUCUUCAAGAAACACUUCUUGGUACACUUCGUAUGAUGGAUGUGAUAAAACCGAUUGCUUAUAAGCGUAAAAAUACUUUUUUGAUAAACACCGUAUUUAAUUUAUACUGUGCCUUUUUUCUAUUUUUCCUCCGUGUUUUUGUAUUUCUUUUUUCCACUGGAUAAUCCUGGCUUUAAAAGGCUUUAAAAGAGUGUCAGUUUUGCACUUACUUUUUGUUUUAAAAACGGUACUCCAGUUGCUAUAUGGUGACGAUUUAUUCCAUUUUAUUGCGAUUACUCGGAAUUUAUAACCAGUAUUCGGUUCAAGAUCUUUAACGGCAUAUGAUGUUUCGUUGGUCUAGUGGGUAAAAUAUAUUAUCAAAUAUAUUGUCAGAAUCAAUACAGAUAUUGUGCAUACAUGGAAACGGGCUUUGUCCGUCGUCAGGACAAGUGGAGAAUCAAAGAUUGUCAGGUGUUUACAGUUCAUAAGCUUCAUUUAUUAAUUGGCAAUCGACCAUGUUAUACAGAAGACAAAUUCAAUGACUUUACGAAUAUGUCUUUUAGGUUAUGACUUGGGCUUGUGCAUGUUACUCUUUAAUUUCCGUGUAGUUUCUUUAAUUUAAACACCUUGUUUCAUUCAGUUCAAUUAUCUUUGAAGGGGAAGUCAGAGUACAAAACAACUUAGGCUGAUAUGCAAGAUCAUAUAAUGGUUACCUCUCACGCAUUGUGAAACAAGUAGUUUAAAUAGUAUAAAUUUGUGCCGCCAUUUUGUUUAUUUAUGUACGUAGCCGGUCGGGGCGGGUAACAAUUUUUCACUUAUUUCCCGGGCGGGAUACAUUGCAUUUAUCUAAAGCCACGUGACUACAAAUCAGCCAAUCACGUUCGGUGUUCACACUAGCUAUAUAACAACUAAUUAUAAUACAUUAUGUAAUUACGUGUUGUUCCCCUCCAUUAAGAAAGUUGAGAAAACUAAGAUUUCCAGCUACUAAAUGUGGACAUAUGUUGUAACAUCACCUCCAAGUGUCCGCCACCUGGUUGAGCCGCAAUGUUCUACUUUGUUAUUUUGCUCUGUCUACUGUUAUAAAUUGGCAUUUAGGCACGCAGAGAAGUGUGGGAGAAGCAUUAAUGGGUUAAGCAGAUUUAUAUGCAUAUUCUCUUGUCAACUGAUUUAGCUUGCAUGCACUCUAAUUUGUCAUUUUACUUUGUUACUUUACUUUGUUAUUUUACUUUGUCUAAUACGAGGCAAUUUUUACUAAAGGAGAUCAUUGUGUGUCAAUGGGUUAACCAGACUUCCUGCUCGUAGUCUCGGGUGAAACCAUUUAGCCAUAAUGCACCCUACUUUGAUAUUUACUCUAUCUAAUGCCAGAAUAGUUUACAUUAUAAGGAGAAUUGUUGGGAACUGUGAUUGUUUUAAAUAAACUAGAUUAAUUAUCUAGACCCAAUGUCUAAAAUAUGGAGACUACUAAUUGAAUAAAGUUUAUCGAAGAAUGAAGCAGAUACUUAUUCCUUACAACAAUAACACUUUUAAAUGGAGGGGAACAAGAUAGUUGUAAAUAUUACAUAAUGUAUGUUAUCAGUAAUAUACAUUCUGGAAAGGGUAUCUCCUUGAUUUGUGCUGCUUCAUGGGUUAUAGAAGCACAAGCUAGGACCUCUUAGCAGCAAAUACUUUGCAGUGAGUACACAGCCAAAGGCAUCUACAUGUAUAAAGCCAAGUUAUAAUUUAAUGGUAAGCUAAUUUGGGCUAAAGCAUAGCAGUUGAAUUUCAUACGAUUUUCAGCCAUAGUUGGUUCAAUUUCAACCACGAAAUUCAAAGUAAAUAUUACUUAAUAAAGUUUUUAAUGCAUGCUUUUACCUUUAUUUGAAGAACAAACAUAAUAAUAAUGUAUAAUAGUUAAAGCCCCCAUAAUAAUGUAUAGUUGUGCAUGUUACUGAAAAAACUUAACCUACAUAUCUACAGCAUAAAUAAUAGAAGCAAAUUUAAUAAAUAAUUACCAGUUCGUGUCAACAAGUCUGGUGAUUUUGCAGAACUUGACGAAGAUUCCGAAGCCAUUUCGCCCGAAUCUACAUGGUCACCGCUCGAGUCGGUUUCAACCGGUACAAACGAAUAAAAGAUAAUCAUGUUUACGUCUCUUUCGGCGUUCAUAUCUUCGCUAUAACUCGAUCUACUGCUUCCAGAACCAUUGCUCGAAGAUUCGUUUGAGUAAUCAAUAUCCAUUGUUAUUCAUACAAUAUUUCUCUUAAAUUUAUAAAUACUAUUUCGUCUCCGUGCACAUGUAUAUCAGAAAAUUAAUGUACUAAAACCUGGCUGCCUGUAAAAGCCAACUACGCAAUGACGUCACAAGGUAAAACCGCUGCGUGAUCGCAGCUUCGCUGUUAUGUACAAAAUGGCGGCUGCGUUAUAUGUUAGAUAUUUAUUGAUUUUCCACGCGAGGUAGGGAAUCGUUUACAAUCAAUCUCUAAUGACUAUCAGUUCUUAAUGUUCGUCUUCGUGGAGUAAUUUUCUAAGUUCACUUCAGCCUUUAAAUCUUCGUUGUCUUUAGUCUGUCUUCUUUGUCCCAGUGUGCUGUUCGGUUUGAGUUUUCGUAGCUUUACAUCAUUUAAGCUUUAUUCCGCAUACGUCCACUGUCGACUUUCACUGUGCACGUCCACUGUCGACUUUCACCGCAUACGUCCACUGUCGACUUUCACAUGUGUCACCGACCGCUCCGUCGAGCUGACCGGUCACGGAUUUUAGAGCUCCCUUGAUUAUAUUCCUAAUAGCUUAAUUAUGGCUACAAAGAAACUAAGGGAAGAAAACGAACUCCUACGAUCGGAGAUCGAAGGGUUAAAGAACCAACUAGACAAGAUAAGCGAAGAUUUGAAAACACAACAAGCUACUGCAGCAUCAAAGUCAAGCAGAACCGCUGAAGCGAAACAGGCAAAAGAUACGAUCGAACGAACCAACUCUGAGGAACGAGCAGAGGCUGUUGUCUUUAUGAGCAAACAAUAUGAUGAUCUAGAAGUAUUCCGUAAGCAAGCGACGCAAGAUAUUCAACAGAUCACAAAAAAAUUGGAUUCAAUCAGUAAAAAAUGUGAUGAGAUUACUGAGGCCAUCGAACUGGCCGAACAAUAUAGCUACCAAUACAACAUUAAGAUCAUGGGCGUACCGCAAUUAAACGAGAAAGAAUCGGCUGAAACUACAGCAAAUCUUUGUAUCAAGCUGUUUACGGCUAUGGGCGUAACUGAUGUAUCUUUACAGGACAUAGACAUUGCACAUCGUGUCCAAUCUAGAAGACCUUCACAAAAUUCCAACCCAAUUAUAUGUAAAUUUGUCCGUCGACUAGCUAAAGAAAAGAUUAUGGCGGCUCGGAAACAUGCAUUAGAUAAUAUCACGCCCGAUCAGCUUGGUAUUGAAUUGGCCUAUCCUUCAACUACACGAAUUAGCAUGUUUGACCAUUUGACACCACGCCUACAAAACCUUCUGUAUGAAACAAAAAGGUAUAAAACGAGCAAGGGUUAUAAGUUCUGCUGGGCAAGAAACAGUCAAGUUUAUUUAAGAAAAUCAGAGAACACUGGAUUAAUCCGUAUAAAAACACUGCAAGACCUGACCAACCUAAUUGAACAGGAGUCAUUAAGAUAAUCUGUUAACAAUACCUCAGCUAUUUACAAAUCUGAUGACGAAACUGACCCAAAUAAUUAUCGCCCAAUAUCUCUUCUAUCCUCAUUCAAUAAAAUUUUUGAAAACAUUAUGUAUAAACGCUUACAAAGUUAUCUAGUUAAGAAAGAAUUUUUCUGUGAUUCACAAUAUGGUUUUCGUAAACAACAUUCAACCCAACAUGCUAUUCUUGAUAUUAUUAACAAAAUUCAAGAUAAUAUGGAUAGAAAAAUGUACUCCUGUGGUAUACCUGUAUUUAUUGACCUAAAAAAGGCAUUUGACACGGUUGAUCAUGAUAUUCUGUUGGGUAAGCUAGAUUAUUAUGGUAUUAGAGGAGUAAUCAAUAACUGGUUUUCUUCUUAUCUUAAAAAUCGCACGCAAACUACUUCAGUUGGAAACUGUGUAUCUAACAAAGAAACUACCUUGUGUGGAGUACCCCAAGGCUCAGUUCUUGGACCUCCACUCUUUUUGAUCUACAUCAAUGAUAUUUGUGAAUCAUCUGAGAUUUUCAAAUUCUUUCUUUUUUCUGAUGAUACUAACUUAUUGUAUGCUGAUAGAGACCUAAAAAUGCUUGAAACAGUUGUCAACGCUGAAUUAAAGAAAGUCUGUGAAUGGCUUGCAAUAAACAAACUCACCCUUAAUAUAAGUAAAUCAAAUUUUGUAAUUUUUCGACCAUAUCAGAAGUCAUUGAAUUUCCAGCCUGUAAUUGAAAUGUUUGAUAAUGAUACCAAACAAUAUACACCACUUGAAUGCAAAGAAUAUGUUAAGUAUCUUGGAAUUAUUAUUGACUGUAACUUGAACUGGAAGCAUCAUAUAAAUUAUAUUACAUUAAAGAUUAGCAAAACUGUAGGAAUCAUUUCUAAAUUGAGAUAUUACAUCCCAAAUCAUACCUUGUUAGAUAUUUAUAGGUCAUUGAUUUCACCAUAUUUAACAUAUGGUGUAGUUGCUUGGGGAAAUGCUGCUAAAGUUCAUAUUCAAAAACUUCUUGUUUUACAAAAGCGUGCAUUACGACUCAUGAAUUUUAAAUCUUUUCAAGAUCACGCAAUUCCUCUAUUCCUUUCUACCUACAUUCUUCCUGUAACUAUGAUCUAUGUUAAAGAAUCUGCUUACAUGCUCUACGAUAUAUUAAAAGGGGAUGCGCCUGAAGCACUGCAUAAAUUAUUUACCAAAACGUCUAAUUAUCAUAACUAUGAUACAAGAAUGGUUUCAAAAGAUAACUUAUAUAUCAAUUCUUCUCGUCUGGAAUUACAAAAGCGUUCAUUUUCCAGAGUCUGUACUUUAAUUUGGAAUAGCAUUGAUCUCAAUCUUCGCUCAUCUCGUAAACAGACUUUUAAAUCUAAAAUACAUCAAGCUCUUUUAACCAUACUUCAAGAUCAAAAUGACUAUGUUGACGUACCCAUGAUAAUUGAAAUGCUGCCCAAUGCAACCGCGAUAUAAUUUUCAGCUCAUCGUAACUUUCUAAUUGCUUUCAAAAAGAAUAUAUUUGUGUUAUGAAUAAUAUUUUUCAUUUAAAAAUUAUCAUAGCCAAUCGGAAUCUAAACUCUCGUUCUGUAAAUAAUUCAUUUUACUUCUUCUCAAUAUAAAUCAGUUGUAUAUAUAUAAUAUUAUUUAAUUAGAUUCAUUUCCUGCCGCGAUUAGCUUGCUAUUGCAGGAUUUGAAUCUUGUAUUUUGUCAUGUGUAUUAUUCAAAUAAAGUUGUAUUGUAUUAUUGUAUUGUAUUUUAUACUAACGGUCGAGGAAAUCUUUGUACACGCGAUCUAACAAGUGGUGUGAUCCGUAUCCAGCCAAUCAACGUUGAGUUUUAAAAGUGUGGGAUGGCGUUGCUAGCUCGUUCUAGCUCUCACAUUCUGUUUAUUUAAGGCGUUGUCGUAAAGGUCGAGUCGGUUCGCUGUUCAAUCGAUCAAUGUUAAAAUAUGUUCACAACUUAAAAUACUUAUCAAAAUAUAAUAGUAAAAACUUCAAACUAUACCUAUGUGAACAUAACUUUACCUACAAGACUAAAUUUACUCGUAAUUUUAUUGAACUAAGAUUCUGAUGACGUAAUAUGUUAAUUGCAUGACCGAGUGUUAUCUAGCUUAGGAUGACUCAUAUUUUACGCCUGAGUCUGUCCACGUGAAAAGGUCAAUGUUCAUGAGACCUCAGGCAGCUGCCCUGUUUAAACAGAUCUGCCCACAAGACAAACUAUAGGAAACAGGUCAAUCAAAACAUGACAAUUUUACAUACACAACUGCAGCUAGUCUAACAAACCGUCACAGCCUAAUGGAAAAAAUAAUCAAUGUUUUCCGAAGAACCGAAAUAUUUACGUUACUUUGAUUUGUGGCAAAAUAUCCAUUAUCUCUUCUCAUUAUGCUUGAAGUAAUAUUUGCUUGAACGAACAUUUCAGUUGCUCUCAAGCAAACAUCUUCUGUGUUAUUUUAGUUUAGCCUAAAAUUUUAUAUAUAAGUAAUGUUUCGUAACACAUAUGUAAAUUUUAGCACAUAUAUCGCUUUAUUUCUCGACAUUGUUAUAACUUGGAGAUGUGGGACUUUGCGCGAGAGGUAAGCAUUAUAUGAUCUUUCAUAUCAGCCUAAGUUGUUCUGAACUCUGACUUCCCCUUUAAAUACUGAAUGAAGCAACGUUUAAUUUAACGUGCAGUUCUACACAAAAUGUGCAGUUCUAAAUCCAUUUGUGCAGUUCUUAAAACACCAAUGUGCAGUCACCAAACUAACAAAAAUAGCUUUAAUUAAAACAGUCUUCUCAUUUAUUCGUUACCCUUGUGGAUGCUCCAGAAAAUUCCAGAAAUGCUGUAAUUUUCUCACAAAUUACUUACGUGCUGGGAUAAUGGAAAAGAAGGUAAACUUGGGGCGAGCGAAGCUCCCCAUAAGAGAUUAGCGUGGGAGAAUCUAAUAUUCUUUGCUGCCUCAAAUGCAAAUUUAAGGUUGUUAUAUAUUGAAUAUCCAUGAUUCCCAGUUACAUGUUUUGAAACAGUUUUUCCGAGUGGUUGGGUAAAACAAAUCUUUGCCAGAACUUAACAGCCUCUAGAUCCAAAUUGUUUUCGUGUUUGUCUGGCCUUUUUCCAAUUCUCCCACACAGCUACACCAUUAUUCUGUCACCCCUAUAUGCAGGUAAAAAUCGUUCGACUCCCCCCCCCCGGCAAAAUACCCGUUGUAUUCAUAACAUCUCUAUUAUGCUGCGAAUGACUUUUUGUUUGGCUCAGUGGCAUAGCAUGCAGCCUGACGAUCUAGUUCCGCUAUGGAAUAUUUCCGUGCUUAUUGACUGUGAAAACGGACAAUUUCUAAAGACAUGAAUAUAAUGGUAAUAAUUUUGAAUUUUCAUAGCGGGACUAAAUUUGUCGCGCUGGCUACGUCACAGGUCUGGAUGAGUAAGAAAUCAAAAUACACUUACAUAGUGGUAUUUCCUUGUGUAAGGAAACACAACAAAGACAUUAUUCCUCUCUUCAACGCCCCAUUGUGCCUUGACUUCCAAAAUAUAAUAAAGAUCACUGUAUCCCUCCAAUUCUGACGUAUUGAGGCGCAAUUGUAUCAUUUGCCUUCCUGCAUCUACCAAACUUGGUGCUGCAGGCUUUGGUAAAGUUCUUUUGUAAUCUUUCGCAAAAAUAUUAAUGUUAAUAAACGUUAGACAUUGAUAAUCAAUUAGAACAAGAACCUUCUAAUUCUUCUCAAAAAAUGCCCACGUAAAUAUAAAAAAAAUGACGUCACAAUAGAGUAAGUAAAACUUUGGUGCACAGAUUAACGUGACUAUAAUUAUUUGGUAAUAAUAUUAUGUAAAAAUAUGGUGGGUAAGGGUUAGGACUAAUAAACUAUACUCCCCCUCUUCAAAAAAAAAUACCGUCGACAAUAUUUUCUAGAAUUGUACUAGUACAGAUUGUUGAAAACACCAAAAUUUGCGAUUUCGUAGUUAAAUCGACGCCUGCAUGCACACAAGUGACGCACAUUUUCCCUUAAAGAACCGUUUUUUGAUUUGCCGUUUGCGCUCUUCGGCAAACGUCUAAAAAUUUUUUUCAAUAAUUUGUGAAAAACUACUCGUUGGCAAGGAUGGAUCGGGGUGGUGGUGUUUGCGCGUAUAUUAAAUCUAACAUUGGUUUUAAAGUUCAACAGGAAUUGCACAAUCGUUCAUUCGAAGCGACAUGGUUAUGUCUUCGUCCAGACAGAUUACCCCGAGGCUUUUCUUGUAUUGUAAUUGGGAUAAUAUACCACCCCCCGCAAGAAGAUGAUGCUCCUUGCAUGGAUAUUUGAUUACAUCAUUGGACUCAUUUUGGGCCCGUUUAACAAAUGCAGAAAUUAUGUUGCUCGGUGAUUUUAACCGCGCCUGGAUUAUCAGUUCAUUUGUAGGAAUUCCAAUCUACAAGAAAUCGUAAAAAAUCAAACCCACAUGAAUGCAUUUCUGGAUCUUAUUUUUACAAAUCUCUCGCGCUUUUACAGGGUGACCGAAUUUUUUCCCGGCAUCGAGUUGAGCCACCCCAAUUCCCUCAAUACACCCCCCCCCCCUACAAUAACUAAAAAGACUAGAGCUGAAAAGGUGCUAAGAAGAACUGUGAAACCAAGCCCGAAGACCAGUUUUGGAAGAUGGGUAUCAAGUACAGAUAUAUUGGUCCUUCCUGGAAAUGCUGCCCAACGCAACUGUACUGAAAAACUAAAUGCUUUUAAUGAGCUGUUAUGUUUCGCUAUUGACAAGUUUUUCCCCUUAAAAAGCUACAAGCAACACCCAGCGGAGUCCAGCAAGUGUAAAAAAGGGGAAAGCAUCAGUUUCUGACAACAUACCAAGCUGGAUCUUAAAAGAUUUUGCUUUUGAGAUUUCCUCACCAGUUGCUGAAAUAUUUAAUUCAUCAAUUCGGGAGACUUUACUUCCUGAUCUAUGGAAAGAAGCUGAAGUGAACACAAUCCCGAAGAAAAAUGUAAUCAAAGAAGCCGAAAAUGACUACGAUCCAUUUCCCUUACCCCAAUUCUUUCAAAGACCAUGGAACAUUUUGUAGCUAACUGGAUUAUGGCACAGAUUAACCAUGUCAUUGAUCGAAGACAAUUCGGAGCCUUACCGAGACGAUUCACAACUCAUGCACUUGUGUCCCUUUUCCACCAUCGCUACAGCCUUUCUGAGAAACCUGAUAAAUGUGUAAGAAUUCUCUUAUUGGACUUCACUAAAGCAUUCAAUAGGAUAAACCAGCAGAUCUUGAUUACCAAAAUGGAAGAAAUGGAAAUAGACCCAAUCCUUGUAGCAUGG